AUGUGUUCAACUCACGCAUUCUCCAACCGCAGCUCGACCCUUCCCUUUCCCUCACCUCACGUCCCCCUCCCGAUGAGCCCGUUGUGCCGCGUGCCCUACCCCAGUAGCGAGGCGGGGAGCAGUGGGGCGGUUCGUGUACCAGCGCCUCUGUGCCUGCCAGGUGCUGCCAGCGGCGAAGCAUGGGCCGUCUGGCGUGGGUCAAGGAGCGGUGAGGGCGAGGAGCGGCGUCUGGGCCGCACGCGCAGCUCCAGGGAGCGAGGGCUUCCUCACGUGACGCAGCGCUGGCAGUGGUGGCAUGGGGCGCAUAUCUUCACUGCAGGACCUCAAAGGGGCGUGCGCGUGGGCCCUUUCACAAAUGGCUUCUCAUGG